CCGGUUUUUAAUCGAACAGGAUAUGGGCACAUGGCACCAUACUUUUUCUCUUCCUUCAGAGAUCAGACACGGAAACUACACACCAAAAUCUUCACACACACUAACGUAUAUUGUGUGUGUAUAUAUGCAUUCUCUAUAGCGGCAGUCGUAGUAUGAAGCAGCGUCGGAAAUUUGAAAUCCGGGCGUGAACUGUGAAGUGUCUAACAAUUCAUCUUCUUUCUUCGUUUCUUGAGGGAUUUGGAUUUGGGAAUGGGGAGUUACAGAGUUUGUAUGUGUUUCACGAGGAAGUUUAAGGUGACGGAGGCGCAGCCGGCGGCGGACGUGAAGGAGGCGUUCAAGAAGUAUGCGGAGGAAGGGAGCCAGAUGAGCUCGGAGCAGCUGCUGCGCUUCCUCACGGAGGAGCAGGGACAAAAGGAAGCCACUCUCGCGGAGGCGGAAGCGAUCGUGCAGCAGAUCCUCCACAAACGCCACCCCAUUUCCAAGUUAACUCGUCGCAAUCUCGCUCUCGACGAUUUCCACCAUUUCCUCUUCAACGCCGACCUCAACCCCCCAAUCAUUUCAAAGGUUCAUCAUGAUAUGACAGCUCCCUUAUCCCAUUAUUAUAUAUUCACUGGGCAUAAUUCGUACUUGACUGGAAAUCAGCUGACAAGUGAUUGCAGUGAUGUUCCAAUAAUUAAGGCACUGAAGAGAGGUGUAAGGGUUAUAGAGCUUGAUAUAUGGCCAAACUCAGCAAAGGAUGAUGUGAUUGUUCUUCAUGGAAGGACAGUGACAACUCCUGUGGAACUCAUAAAAUGUCUGAAGUCAAUAAAGGAGAAUGCCUUUGUUGCCUCUCCCUACCCAGUUGUAAUAACACUGGAAGAUCACCUAACUCCUGAUCUUCAAGCUAAAGUAGCUCAGAUGCUUACAAACACAUUUGGAGAUAUGCUUUUUGUUCCUGAAUCAGAAUGCUUAAAGGAGUUCCCUUCACCAGAAGAACUUAAACAUCGCAUUGUUGUUUCAACGAAACCCCCAAAGGAAUACCUUGAAGCUAAGAGUAUCAACGAAAAACAAAGUAGCUCACUUAGCAGAAAGGAUUCUGAUGAUGAUACUUGGGGUGCUGAGCCUUCAACGUUAACAGCUUUCCAAGAUGAUGACAAGCAGAGCGAAGGUGAUCCAAGCAAGCACAAUCAGGAAAGCGAAGAUUAUGAGGAUGAUGACGACUUUGAUCAGAAAGCAAAUGCAUAUAAACGCUUGAUUGCUAUACAUGCCGGCAAGCCCAAAGGAGGGAUGAAAGAGGCACUGAAAAUUGAGCCUGAUAAAGUGAGACGCCUCAGUCUAAGUGAGCAAGCCCUUGAAAAGGCUGCUGAAGUUCAUGGAACAGAUGUUGUCAGGUUUACACAAAGAAAUAUUCUUAGGGUGUAUCCUAAAGGUACUAGGUUUAACUCCUCCAAUUAUAAACCACUAAUUGGUUGGAUGCAUGGUGCUCAGAUGGUUGCAUUUAAUAUGCAGGGAUAUGGUCGGUCACUUUGGUUGAUGCAAGGGAUGUUCAGAACAAAUGGAGGCUGUGGUUAUGUCAAAAAGCCUGAUUUCCUAGUGAAGGAGGUUUUUGAUCCUCGUGCCACACUGCCAGUGAAGAAAACCUUAAAAGUAAAAGUAUAUAUGGGAGAUGGAUGGCACUUGGACUUUAAACAAACUCACUUCGAUUUGUACUCCCCACCAGACUUCUACACAAGGGUUGGGAUUGCUGGUGUGCCGGCUGAUGAAAAAAUGAUGAAAACAAAGAAAAAGGAGGACAAUUGGACGCCGGUUUGGGAAGAAGAGUUUACGUUCCCGUUGACUGUACCGGAGCUAGCUUUACUACGAAUUGAAGUACACGAAUAUGACAUGUCCGAGAAGGACGAUUUUGCUGGCCAAACAUGCCUUCCUGUAUCUGAAUUGAGACCAGGCAUUCGCGCAGUUCGCCUGUGUAACCGGAAAGGAGAGAACUACAAUUCAGUCAGGCUUCUGAUGCGCUUCACGUUUGUUUAAGUGUGCUGUUUGUUGAUCUUCAUCGGUUUGCUUGUGCUUUCGUUUCGUAUAGAGGUGUGUGUAUUCUUUUCCACUGUAAAUUCCAAAAGGCUCUUCCAAUGCAUGACAAUAAUAUAUCUGAGUGCUUUGCUUUGUGUACAAUUUGCAAGAAACAUCAGUUAUGGAAACAAAAACUCUAUUUAUUUUUAAAA